CGACGGUGUUCCAAACUGUCAGGAACCAAAUCAUCACAGCGUCAUUCAAACCCCUCGAAAGCCUUCCACAAAAUGACCAUCGCUCUGCUGAUCAUCGGCGCCACCGGCAAACAAGGUGGUGCCGUUGUUGACGCGCUAGUCGCCCAGGACGCAGAUGUGGAGAUCCUCGCCGUGACCCGGAAUGCCCAAUCCCCAUCAGCCCAGAAACUGGCUCAGAAGUCGGACAAGGUUAAGCUGGUUCAGGGCGAUCUCAACAAUCCCGCGGGCAUCUUUGAAAAUGCCAAGAAAGCCUCAUCCUUGCCUGUUUGGGGCGUAUUCAGUCUUCAGGUUAAACUGACGGAGGGUGGUCGAAAUAAACAGAGCCCCUUUGCGAAAGGCGAGAGUCUCGAAAGCGAAGAACGCCAAGGCAAGGCCCUCAUUGAUGAGGCUACCAAACAGCGCGUGCAACACUUCGUCCAAACAUCUGUGGACCGCGGUGGCGAUGCAUCGACCGACAACCCCACGAACGUGCCCCAUUUCGUGACCAAGUACAAUAUCGAACAGUACCUAUUCGAGAAAACCAAAGACGGGUCUAUGGAUUGGACCGUUUUGCGACCGGUGUUCUUUUUCGACAACCUUACACCAGACUUUAUCGGCAAAGUUACCUUCACGGCCUGGGACGCAUAUAUACAGGGAAAGCCGCUCCAGUGCAUCGCGACUAGCGACAUCGGCAUAAUUGCGGCCCAGGUCCUCUUGCAGCACGACCGAUUCAAGAACCAGUGUCUCUCUCUGGCAGGCGACGAGCUUACCUUCGAGCAGAUGGCAAAGAAAUUUAAGACCCAAACGGGGCAUAGUGUGCCCACUACGUUCCGCUUUGUGGCCUACUUUAUCAUGAUGAUGGCCAAGGAUCUGAGGCUCAUGUUCAAAUGGUUCCACAAUCAGGGCUAUGGUGCUGAUAUCAAGCAGAUCAAACAGAUCCAUCCGGGAUUGAAGGAUUUCGAUACCUGGUUGAAGGACGAAAGCCAAUUUCUCAAACAUUGA